AACAAGCUAUCCAACCAGAAGAGAUCUUGCUCCUUACAAGCCAGAGGAAAACUUUUUUUUUUUCUCAGCAUGUAAUUUCACCACAAAAGAACUGAAGUUCAAAUAAGGCUGUUAAGAUCUUUGCCGGAGUUUGUGCAUCCUACAAAUUAGAACUGCUAUGUUAGAAGCCAGGAUUUGUAUGCAGCUGCAGGUAAUGUCCAGGGCUUAAAAAGGGGAAUGCAUGAUCCAAAUUAUCUGCAGCAAACAAAUACAAGGAAAACAUCAUUCAGAAUCAGGACAUUUGAACCGUGAGAAGACUUUUAUUUCUAUUAUUAUUUUUAAUUGCCCCAGUAUUUGGCAGGUUUUGAAAGCUCAGCUGCUGCACAGUUCUGAAAUCUAAUGAGAUAAUCAGAUAUCCGAGGAAAUGUUACUUUUCAAAGGAGAAUCCUUUCAGCUGACCUGUGCUUGACAGACAAGGAGCAAGGGUAAGGCUUGAUAAGUCAAUAAGCUGAAGAUAGCCCAAGGCAUUCUGGAUAUUUGCCCAGCAGUGAAGGACAAUGAGGCCGCUUGGGGUCGCAGCCUUAUUACUGGCACUGAUUUUAGGUGUCACCAAUGGAGGUAAAACACAAGAAUUCCAAAGCAGCGAAGGCAAAGAGCAAGAAUUUAUUUACAUGAACAGAGACAAGCGGUCGGCAGAAUCGCAGGACAAAUGUACAUACACAUUUAUUGUACCCCAACAAAAAGUGACUGGGGCCAUAUGUGUCAACUCUAAGGAGACUGAAACCGUUUUUGAAAGCAGAGCGCAGAAGCAGGAGAUCGAGCUUCUCAAUAGUGAACUUCUAAAGCAGAAGCGGCAAAUUGAGACCUUGCAGCAGCUGGUGGAGGUGGAUGGUGGGAUCGUCAAUGAGGUAAAGUUGUUGCGGAAGGAAAGUCGUAACAUGAACUCGCGGGUGACACAACUCUACAUGCAGCUGUUACAUGAAAUUAUCAGGAAAAGGGACAAUGCGCUGGAGCUUUCUCAGCUAGAAAACAAGGUGCUUAACCAAACGACUGAGAUGCUGCAGCUCACAAAUAAAUACAAAGAUCUAGAACACAAAUAUCAGCACUUAGCCUCGCUAGCGAGCAAUCAGUCCAUUGUCAUUGCACAGCUGGAAGAGCACUGCCAAAAUGUCCCUAAAACCAAACCCAUCCCACAACCCCCACAGCAACCAAACAAGGUCUAUCAGCCUCCAAAUUACAAUCGCAUCAACCAAAUAGCUACCAAUGAAAUUCAAGGAGAUCAGAAUUUAAAGGUCAUUCCACCUCCAUUACCCACAAUGCCUGUAGUAACAAGCAGCCCAACAUCAACAGACAAGCCAUCCGGUCCGUGGAGGGACUGUCUGCAAGCCCUUGAGGAUGGUCACGACACAAGUUCGAUCUACCUUGUGAAGCCCGACAACACAAACAGGCUGAUGCAGGUGUGGUGCGACCAGAGACACGACCCAGGUGGCUGGACAGUUAUCCAGAGACGGUUGGAUGGAUCAGUUAACUUCUUUAGAAACUGGGAAACGUACAAACAAGGGUUUGGGAACAUUGAUGGAGAAUACUGGCUGGGACUGGAAAAUAUUUAUUGGAUUACAAACCAAGGCAACUAUAAAUUACUCAUCACCAUGGAAGAUUGGUCAGGCCGUAAGGUAUUUGCAGAGUAUGCCAGCUUCAGACUGGAGCCGGAAAGUGAAUAUUACAAGCUGAGACUUGGGCGAUACAACGGUAAUGCCGGAGACUCUUUCACCUGGCACAACGGGAAACAGUUCACCACACUGGACAGAGACCAUGACGUGUACACAGGCAACUGUGCUCAUUACCAGAAAGGUGGCUGGUGGUACAACGCAUGCGCACAUUCGAACCUCAACGGAGUAUGGUACCGAGGAGGACACUAUCGCAGCCGUUACCAAGAUGGAGUUUACUGGGCUGAAUUCAGGGGCGGGUCAUACGCUUUAAAGAAGGUUAUCAUGAUGAUCAGACCAAAUCCCAACACGUUCCACUGAACAUAUCAUAUUUAAACCUUUACAUGUAAAAUUGAUGGACAUUUCCUCUGAAACAGCCGUAUAGACUUCUAUUUAUACAUGAACUGUUCACAAAUACUGUAAGAUGCUGUAGAAUAAUUAAUAAUGCAAUAUAAACUCUUACAAUCAUGCAUCAUUCCUACAAGGGUACAUCCAUAAGACACCCCCUGGCAUGAUACCAAAUACUUAACAACCAUAAUGUUGCCAACAUCUUUCAGAAAAAAUACUAAACUUAAAAGAUACAUGAAACCCCUCAUUUUUUUUCAUUAUUCUGAUAAAACAUACAACGACUUUCCAAAUUACUUCUAUUAUAAAAUCGACUUUGUUUUCUUGUAAUCCUUUGUUAAAAAGCAGGAAGGUAAGUUCAAGAGUGUAUGUGUCUACAGAACUAUAUGGCAGCGUUUUGCAACAAUGCUAUACACUAGCACUAGAUAGCAGCACUAUUUCCUGUCAUGCAGUGCCUUAGACGUGCAGAUUACCUAUCCAAGUAUCUCUUCAACAAAUAAGACGAGAACAAAACAAAUUUGAUAAUAGAAGUAAAUUAGUAACUUUUUAUAAAAAAAAAAAAGUAUUCUCUAUCAGAAUCAUGAAAGAAAAAUCUUAGGUUUCAUGUCCCUUUAAAUUACAGCUACACUGCCAGAUGUGUAAGAUGGAAAUAGAUAUGUAUGACAUAUAUGUAGGCCAUAGUUUAUAAUACUCUAAAGUACCAUGUACUGUGAUAAAUAUUGUAUUAUCAUUUUGGGAAUUACUGACACAGGAAAUGAGAUCCAAUGACAUAGAAGAUAGUUUUAGUAGGAUGUUUACAAUGCUUAAUUUCAUCUUUUCAUUUAUUAUUAUUAUUUUUUUUUUUAAUUUACUCAAUAUAUCCAAGAUAAGUCAUUGUCAUAGCGCCAUGCGUCACCAUGUGACUGCUGAAUGUACACAAGGUAUAAGUCUUAAUAACAAUGGCAAAAAAGAUUUACCGGUAUAUUCUAUGUAAUUGUCAUAUUAUGAAAGUGACUGGGAACCAUCUCUAGUAAUCUGUUCAUUUGUGCUAGAAACUCAGCGUAUUUCUUUUCCAAAAGUCUUUUCAAGCGUUCUUUGAAAUGUUAACAACGUACUGUACCUGUAUACUGGCUUUCAUUUCUUAAACUCUGAUGUAUCUAUAUUUGAUCAGGGAAGGACAUAUUGUGCUUUAAAACAAACCAUUAUUACCUGUACAGUAUUUAGAGAUAUAUAUGUAAAUAUCUAUUUUUGCAUUCAAAAUAAAUACACAACAUGCUGCGCUUAGUCACAGAACGUUAAAGGGACAUUCCAGCCAAAACUGCAAUCCACGUGGAUGCAUUUCCGUUUUGAAGAGAAGUAUUUUUGUAAUAAACAUGCAUUAGCAAAAAUGCUUCUAACAAAAGCUAUAGCUGUUUCAAAUGUGUAUUUAAGUAUGCACCGUGCACCAGCAUUUCAAACACUGCACUUUCACAGAGAGAUCUUAAGGUGCUUGUAUCAUCUGGUAAUGACUCCAAUUGGUAAUUGCUGAUAUGAUACAAACCUCACUGUUGGGGGUAAAGUUAUUAAAGUGCGGACGGACAUGAUACGAUGUCCGCCGCACAUCGAUAAAUGCCGACAGCAUACGCUGUUGGCAUUUAUCAUUGCACCAGCAGUUCUUGUGAACUGCUGGUACAAUACCGCCCCCUGCAGAUUUGCAGCCAAUCGGCCGCUAGCAGGGGGUGUCAAUCAACCCGAUUGUAUCCGAUCGGGAUGACUUCUGCCCGCCGCCUCAGAGCAGGCGGACAGGUUAUGGAGGAGCGGUCUUUAGACCGCGGCUUCAUAACUUCUGUUUCCGUAAGGAGCUUGAUAAAUUGACCCCUUGCCCUUAACAGCUGCAGCUUUUAAAAUGCUGGUGCACUGAGAAUCCUAUCCUAGGCACGUGCAGAGAAAAAUAUUAACACAAAACGGGAUAAAGUUUAUGCCAAUGCUGCAGGUAUAUUGCAAAUAUGUUUAUAUUCAAAUAUGAAAUCCAUCUAUGUGCAUUUAAAUUUGUACCGGAAAAUAUCUCUUUAACCUCACUUAGACUAUCCCCCCUCCCCCCCACAUGUUUUUCAUUACCGUGUCCUAUACCAAAACUACAAGCGGAAAACUGACCACCAUUGCAGGCUAAUGAUGGUAGGCAAAUGUAUAACAUAUUUCAUUUUCUGGGUACCUAAACUCUCUACAUCUACACGAAAAAAGUACUGAAGAACGCAUUUUAUUUCUGUUAUCACAGUUAAAUGUGACUACUUCACUCACUUCAAAUUCCAUAUAUAAAGAAAAAAUCUGUAUGGUUGAACAACUUUUAAAGAAAAUAAGUUGCUUUUAUGACAUUUGAAUGAUUUUUAUUGGUUUCAUGAAAACAAAUUAUGUAAUGCAAUAAUACAACAAAACUUAGCCUCCAAUAUUUGGAGCAAUAGUCAUAAAUGUUUUUAUCUCCAAAACGUAAAAAAAAAUCACCUACUUUGAACAAGCGUUAAUAACAGACGUAUAAAUCUCUAGAUGUAUAAAGGUCUAGAAUUGGAACCGACUAGAACAAUACUGCAUUAGUCAUUAUUAAUCUUAUACAAUUUAAUCCAUCUGAGUAAGAUAGGGGUUUUGUGUAGGAAAUUGUCAAUCCUUAAUAUAAAAAAAUAAAGUAUGUUACUGUUAAAUUAAUAAAGAGGAGACUGUAUGGUUUUGGAGAAAAAAAUGACAAAAUUGCAAAAUGCAGAAUGAAAUCUAUCUGGCCAACUGUACUCUGUGAAACUGAAAUUGUCAAUAAAGCAAAAUGUGCUAUUUUUACCUAACGAAA